UGAGCAAAGUCAGAGAGGUUUUUUCGGCUUUCUCGAAGUGAAGCGGCCUCGUCUGCUGCUCCUUUGAACGUGGCUUAGCAGGAAGGAGUGGAGUGUGCAGGACCUCCUGUUCGGGAGCUGGCAAAGCCGCCCUGCAGAAUGAGACGACUCACGUGCUUUCUCAUCUGGUUUCUUCUUUCUCAAACACCAGGCUUUGAGAUCCCCACAGAUGGACUUCCCGAAUUUGUAGAUUAUGAAGAUCUUGUGGAACUGGCCCCAGGCAAAUUUGGAUUUGCUCCAGAGAACCGGAGACAGCAGAGAAGCCUUUCCGGAGAAUCCGAGGAAACGAUGGGAGCCGUGGACCAAGUCACCCUGUAUAGCUACAAGGUCCGGUCCACCAUCACUUCUCGGACGGCCACCACCAUCAUUGAAAGCAAAGUGGUGAACAACUCCCCCCAGCCUCAGAACGUCGUGUUUGAUGUCCAGAUUCCCAAAGGAGCCUUCAUUACCAACUUCUCCAUGACUGUGGAUGGCACGACAUUUAGGAGUUCCAUUAGAGAGAAAACUGUGGGCAAAGCUCUCUACUCACAGGCAAGAGCCAAAGGCAAGACAGCGGGGCUGGUGAGGAGCAAAGCUCUUGAUAUGGAGAACUUCAGAACAGAAGUGAACGUCCUUCCUGGAGCAAAGGUGCAGUUCGAACUCCACUACCAGGAAGCCAAGUGGAGGAAGCUGGGAUCCUAUGAACACAGGCUUUACCUGCAGCCGGGACGGCUGGCCAAACACUUGGAGGUAGACGUGUGGAUUAUUGAGCCUCAGGGAAUACGGUUUCUUCAUGUUCCCGACACGUUUGACGGCCAUUUUGAGGGCGUAACGGUCGUUUCUAAAGGACAGCAGAAGGCACAUGUCUCCUUCAAGCCCUCGGUAGAGCAGCAGAGGAUUUGCCCCAGCUGCCUGGAGACCGCGGUGGAUGGGGAGCUGGUGGUGCUGUAUGACGUGGACAGAGAAAAGAAGGCCGGCGAACUUGAGGUAUUCAAUGGGUAUUUCGUCCACUUCUUUGCUCCUGAAAGCCUGGACCCGAUUCCCAAAAACAUCCUCUUUGUUAUCGACGUUAGUGGCUCUAUGUGGGGCGUUAAAAUGAAGCAGACUGUGGAAGCAAUGAAGACCAUACUGGACGACCUGAGAGCUGAAGACCAAUUCUCCGUGAUUGAUUUCAACCAUAACGUUCGAACCUGGAGAAACGAUUUAGUUUCAGCUACUAAAACACAGGUGGCAGAUGCCAAGAGGUAUAUUGAGAAAAUCCAGCCCAGCGGAGGCACAAACAUCAACGAGGCCCUCCUGCGAGCCAUCUUCAUUUUGAACGAAGCCAAUAACCUGGGCCUGCUGGACCCCAACUCAGUGUCGCUCAUCAUUCUGGUUUCGGAUGGAGACCCAACAGUUGGUGAACUAAAAUUGUCAAAAAUUCAGAAAAACGUGAAGCAGAGCAUUCAAGACAACAUCUCCUUGUUCAGUCUGGGGAUGGGGUUUGAUGUCGACUACGACUUUUUGAAGAGGCUGUCUAAUGAAAACCGGGGGAUUGCUCAAAGGAUUUAUGGAAACCAGGACACGUCUUCCCAGCUCAAGAAAUUCUACAACCAGGUCUCGACUCCAUUGCUCCGGAAUGUUCAGUUCAACUAUCCCCACACGUCAGUAACAGAUGUCACUCAAAACAGCUUCCCUAACUAUUUUGGAGGGUCAGAGAUUGUGGUGGCAGGAAAGUUCGACCCUGAUAAACUGGACGAGAUACAGAGUAUCAUCACUGCCACCUCGGCCAACACGGAGUUAGUCUUGGAAACCCUGGCCCAGAUGGACGACUUGGAGGAUUUUCUGUCCAAAGACAAGCACGCAGACCCCGAUUUCACCAGGAAGCUGUGGGCCUACCUCACCAUCAACCAACUGCUGGCCGAGCGAAGCCUGGCUCCUACGGCUGCCACCAAAAGGAAGAUCACAAAAAAGAUCCUGCAGAUGUCUCUAGAACACCAUGUCGUGACCCCACUGACCGCGAUGGUGAUUGAGAAUGAGGCGGGGGACGAGCGGAUGCUGGCCGACUCUCCCCCGCAGGACUACUCCUGCUGCUCAGGCGCCCUGUACUACGGCAGCCGAGUCUCCCCAGACUCAAUCCCCGCUUGGGCCAACGCUUCCCCGACACCGGUGGUCCCAAUGCCCGUGGAAGGUCGGGUGCUGGAGUCAACGCCCCCACCACACGUGAUGCGAGUUGAAAAUGACCCACAUUUCAUCAUUUACUUACCAAAAAGCCAAAGUAAUAUUUGUUUCAAUAUUGACUCAGAACCUGGAAAAAUCCUCAACCUGGUUUCUGAUCCAGAAUCAGGAAUUUUAGUCAACGGUCAGCUUGUUGGUGCGAAGAAGCCAAAUAAUGGAAAACUAAGCACCUAUUUUGGAAAACUGGGGUUUUAUUUCCAAAAGGAAGACACAAAAAUAGAAAUCAGCACGAAAGCCAUCACCAUGAGCCGCAGGUCCCGGACGUCUGUCUUGUCCUGGUCGGACACAGUGCACGUCGUCAACCAAAGCGUGCUUAUCUCAGUGAAGAAGGGAAAAGCCGUGACCAUUGCCCUGGACAAGGAAAUGUCCUUCUCUGUUUUACUUCAUCGCGUUUGGAAGAAGCAUCCGAUUAAUGUGGACUUUCUGGGAAUUUAUAUCCCCCCCACCAACAAGUUUUCGCCUAAAGUACACGGGCUAAUCGGCCAGUUCAUGCAGGAGCCCAAGAUACGCAUCUUCAAUGAGAGACCAGGAAAGGACCCCCAGAAGCCGGAGGCCAGCAUGGAAGUGAAAGGGCAGACGCUGACCGUGAGCAGGGGCCUACAGAAAGACUACAGGACAGACAUAGUGUUUGGAACAGACGUCCCCUGCUGGUUUGUGCACAACAGUGGGAAAGGCUUCAUCGACGGGCAUUACAAGGACUACUUCGUGCCUCAGCUCUACAGCUUUCUCAAGAGGCCUUAAAGGUUUACAGAGUUUUUGGAAAUUAUAUGUAUAAAUACACAUUUUUUCCCUGCCGCCUUUGCACGUAUUCUUCAGUUUGAAUAAUUAAAGACAACCAGAUAUUAUGGUAGUUUAUAAAGCCUAUAAACCUGUCUGAAAAAAUAAACAUUUUGCAAUGGA